AUGUCACAUAUGUCAACCUUCGAAUCUCUCGUAGCUGACCUGACCCGCGACGCGCACCGUGUGCAGCCCAAAGACGCUCUCCAAUUUUGUGCUAAUUGGUUCCAGUCCCGGCUCGAGGAACAACGCACACGAGCGCGUGAUACCCUGUCCCACCAUCCUGGUCCACUCCUCGAGUUACCCGCAGACCAUUAUCUGGAUACCCCGUUGAGCCCAACCGCCCCUGCAGGUCACAGCGUUUCGCCCUUCGCCCAAUCAUAUCCUAAGCAGCGCUCGUCUUUCCACACAUCUAUGUCGAACAAUAGCCCCUUUGGAACGCUCAAUGUCCCCGGAAACGCGUUGCUGCAGGAUGGCGGACGAGAUCAUGGCGCAAUGAAUCCGCCUACCUUCAAGCUUGAGAGCGAGGAUCCAUCAUCCCCUCUAACACAGAAUCCCUUCGCAUCAUUCGCAAACACCACCGUUUCACCUGUUGCGGGUGAUUACUUGCAUGCACUCUCAUCGACUAUUCUCGCCCGACGAACGUCCGUGAGCGCAGAAUCGAUCGCGGUGGACAGUGAAAGCUACGAGCCUCUCCCAGUCUUUCCCAAAUCCCCAGAGCAAUUGCGCCGGAUCCGUGCCUCCAUCGCAAACAAUUUCAUUUUCCGUGAUUUGGAUGAGGAGCAGGAAACAGGUGUACUGAACGCUAUGCAGGAGGUGAAAAUCUCCAAGGAUGAAGUCGUCAUCCGUCAGGGCGAUGUUGGCGAGUACUUUUACGUCGUCGAAGAUGGGUGGCUCAAUUGCUACAUCCGUCCUGAGCCGCUCCCACCGGCAUGGCUGACUGGAAAUAGCUCUGCUACUCCGCCAUCGGAGAAAUUCUUACAGCCGGGAUAUCACCCGGAGUUUGGGAAGGAGGUGGCGGAAUGCAGGGAGGGGAACUCGUUUGGUGAGCUUGCGCUCAUGUACGGACAUCCCCGUGCGGCAACGGUUCUUGCCAUGGAGCCUUCGACGCUAUGGUCUCUGGACAGAAUAACUUUUCGCACUAUCAUUCUCAAGGCUGCGCAUCGCAGGCGCACGAUGUAUGAGCAAUUUCUGUCCUCUGUGCCACUCCUCACGUCUUUGGAGCCUGAGGAGCGGAGCAAGAUUGCAGAUGCAUUGGUGAGCAAGGUGUACGUGGACGGCGAAGCAGUUGUGAGACAGGGUGAUAUGGGUGACACAUUUUUCUUCGUGGAGGAGGGUCAGGCGGUGGUAACGAAGACUCAGCGCGGAGAUGACGGAGAGACGAGGGAAGGUCAAGUAGGACUUCUGAACAAGGGUGACUACUUUGGAGAGCUGUCGUUGUUACGAUUGGAGCCCCGCGCUGCAACUGUCAGCGCAAUUGUGCGGAUGGACCCGUCGAUGCCCAAGUUGAAGGUCGCGGCACUCGAUGCGCAUGCGUUCACGCGUCUGCUUGGUCCGCUUCGCGAGAUCAUGGAGCGCAAUGCCGGACAGAGCUAUGGGCCGACGACGAGAAUAUUGCGUUGA